AGUCUAGCUGAUUCUAGAGUCUUCGAGACAAAUCCAAGAGGCCAUUUUAAUUAAGUGGGCGUACCCAAUAACGGGGCGUGUUAAAAUCAAAAUGGAGGACGAAGAGUCACAAAAUCCUAGUCAAAAUUUGAUGUCUAAUGAGCGUAUUUCACAUUCACCAGUGAUGUGGCCUGAUCAGAAUUGUUUUGGUGAACUGGACUCUGCCACCCCAUCAGUGCCUCAAUGGCUCCAAGAGAUAGAGAGAGAUGAUAAAAAGAUGCUUACAGAGUUGGCGUCGUUGACUCAGUCACAGCUACUAGAGAAGAUACAAGCAUUGCAGACCUUUGCUUAUCAAUUGGGAAUAAACGAAGCUAAGCAAAUGAGACGAGGUACUUGCCUUCAGAUAUUCGAGUCAUCUCGGAGGAAUGGGCACACCCAUUUAUCACGUGAUCAAGCCAAUAGAGAAAACUCGGCUCCAGAACUGCCAAACUCUUCAUCGUCAACAAUGCAAACAUGACUAGCAAAAACUAACAAACAUAGAUGAGUUUUAAUUAUUAUCUGGUUUUUAAUUUAAUUGUUAUCGCAUUUAAAAUAACCAUUCCAGAUUAUUAAAAUACCUAAAGA